UCAUCCACCUCUAGCUAGUAGCCCCCUCCCUGGCUCCCCAAUCCCCAUAUAAAAAAGUCCCACCCUCCAAAGCAGGCUCCAAGCCGCCGUGAUAGCAAUAGAGCCCUUUUCUCCUCUUCUUUCCAUCCCAAGUCUCAACAUCUUCAGUUCAUCACCAAACAUCAACGCGGCCAACAUAUAUAUGGGUCCUCAGCAAGAUCGGCGGCGUUCCAUGGCGAACGGCACAGCGGCGAGGAAGGAGACGAAGGUGGUGCACGUGCACUACUGGGAGUGCCAGCGCAACCACGCGGCGGCCAUCGGCGGGUACGCGGUGGACGGGUGCCGGGAGUUCAUGGCGUCGGGCGCGGAGGGCACGGCCGCGGCGCUCAUGUGCGCCGCCUGCGGGUGCCACCGCAGCUUCCACAGGCGCGAGGUGGAGGCCGCCGACUUGGACUGCUCCUCCACCACCACCUCCGGCUGAAUAAUCUGGAUCGACGAUCUGGUUUGCACAUGUGAUGCGUGAGCUAGCUGCAGAUGGCCUGGUGAGGUCCGAUCGAUCAUGGGUGGCAAAGGCAUUGAAAUGAUUGAUACACAUCAUGUGCUUCUUGAAUUUUCCUUUGGGGAUAUCGAUGAUUCUGCAUUACUUGGCGCUUUUGUUCUUGAGAUGGUUCAUCAUCCUCAUCUUCAUGGUCAUGGAUGUGAUUAAAAUUGCGAGAUCGAGAAAUGCUAUUACUAAUUUAUAUUGGGACACAUGCAUGAUUAUUCUCUGGUCCAGCUGGGUCACCCACCUGUCAAUUUCAUCGGAGCUGUUGCUCUAGAUAGAUAUAUCGGGCCGGCCGGUAUCCCUGCCUGCUGUUCAAGGUGGCUUACGAUCCGGUCGAAUCGAAAAAGUGGAGUACUGUGCUUGUGCCCAAGGCACUUGCAUGCAUGUUGCUGUCAGAUAAUAUAUAUAUAUGUCAACAUUAUAUCUUGGCAUCAUUUUCAGUGGUUUCACUGCUGUCGGCCAGUCAUUGCUGCCUAGCUCUCGCUCCAGCUCCGGUGGAGUACUGUCUGGUAUUCUUCGAGCCGUAAUCUCACUAUGCAUGAUCGAUUCAGAGAGAUUUUGCAAUAACCAAGCAAUUCAGUCUCAAGUCUGAAUUAUUAUUGCGGCAUUAAUUCAGAGAGAUUCGGAUGCACUGCGCGCGUGGAUCCGUAUGCACUGCACUGCUAGAUCGGAUUCGGAUUGCCGUAUGCAGUGCAUUCUGUAGUUGCCAGCUCCAGCUAGCUUGCUCCUCCUACUAGAUGCCUAGUGUGUGUGCUACUGUGCUGUGCUGGGACUGGGACCCCGUCGCCCCCGGUGGUGCUGUCCAUGCCCGCCAUCUAUCCGAUCCAAAUCGUCUUUAUCUUCAAUUUACAAGUGAGGCGACGUAUGAAAGUUGUGAGCACAAGCAUUUAAUAACCAUGGACUUUGAGAGCGUUUAUC